AUGACCUCGCAGCAACCAACCAUGGUGACCAUCACCGAAAAUGCCACGGACGCAAGCACCAACACGCCGACAAAACUCACAUACACACAACGGUCCAUGGUGGGUCACGGGUCCUUUGGCGAGGUGCAUCUGAUAAACAUCCUACCGGACAACAAGAAGGCUGCUGUGAAACGAGUACUGCAGGACAAGAGGUUUAAGAAUAGAGAGUUGGAGACCAUGAAGAUGAUCAAACAUAAGAACAUUGUCAACCUGCUCUCGUACUUCUACAAAACCAACGAAAAGGACGAGGUUUAUUUGAACCUCGUCCUCGAAUACGUUCCAGAGACACUCUAUACAGCCACCUAUUGGUACAUCUCGAGGGGGAAAACAAUGCCGUCUCUUGAAGUCAAGUUGUACUCGUACCAAUUGCUAAGGUCACUCAACUAUAUCCACUCCUUGGGGAUAUGCCAUCGAGACAUCAAACCUCAGAACCUCUUGAUCGAUCCAAUCAAUUGUACAUUAAAGCUAUGUGAUUUCGGGUCUGCCAAAAUCCUCAAUCCUUUAGAACCAAACGUCUCGUACAUAUGCUCCCGAUACUACAGGGCCCCGGAAUUGAUCUUUGGCGCUCGUAAUUAUACAACAAAGAUCGACUUAUGGUCGGCAGCUUGUGUUAUAGCAGAAAUGGUACUUGGACAUCCCCUUUUCCCCGGUCAAUCUGGCAUUGAUCAGCUGGUGGAGAUAAUCAAGCUCUUGGGGACUCCAACAAGAGACGAAAUCGAAGCACUGAACCCAAACUAUAUCGACCAUAGGUUCCCUCUUAUCAAAUCGAUCCCUUUCUCUAAGAUCUUCCCGCAAGUUGAACCCCAAUUGUGUGAAUUCUUCAAAGUCGUGUUCAAGUACUCUCCAAGCGUGAGGAUAUCUGCAAUCCAGGGAAUGGCACAUGCCUACUUUGACCAACUACGUGGAGAAUCUUUCAGCAACUCAACCUUGCCUAACUUCAGGGGGUACAACCUGGUUCAACCUUGUAAGGUUCCGCAGCUAUUCGACUUCUCCCAACGUGAGCUAAGCACAUGUCCAGACCUUUGGGAUACCCUGAUUCCCGAAUGGAGGAGAGAAGAGCUACAGAUGCAAUCCUUCACCCCAUUAACAUCCGACCAACUCCAAGAUCCUGCAAUUAACUAA